GGGUGCAGCAGUAGUAGAGGCGGCGGCGGCGACGGCUGGAAGUCCGUCGACUGCUGUCGUCUGGCUGGAUAUUUGCCUUCAGAGCACCAGCUACAGCAAUGUGAUAAAAUACAAUGACACGCCUUGUUCCACGCUUGAUGUUGCAGAAACGGUCGUCGAAGAAGCAGCAAUGGUUCUGUGCAAGGGACGUAACACCACAAAAAGCUCAACUUGUGCACCUCUUGCUUCAGCGAGCUGCAUCAAAGCGGUGCGUACCCGAACCAAGGUUCUCGGAUACUGUAUUCCCAUACACUAGGUCACUGGAGCUGUGGUGGAGCGUCCCGGAGCAGCAUCACAACCAGCAGUUCGGCUGGUGCAGCAGACCAGUGGGGAACGUAGAUGCAACGCAGAUCGUGAACGCAGCGCUCGCGCUCGCACCGGUGAGCUUCUGGUAAGGUGCGGCCCAGAGAGAAGUUUAGAGUCCGAGACAUUGUCCGCUUCAGGUAGGUGAUGUUGUACAUGCGGCGUAGCUUGACAUCGCCACUUACGCUCCGGUGAGACAUCGAGAAGCUUGCCGAGCGAAUGCUGGGGUUUGUGGGACAACCGAACUGAUCUGAUGCUCAAGUAAAACAUUAAAGGCUGGAGUCGCACCUCA